UGCCGAAUCCGAGUAAACCCAAGACAACGUCGCUCGUAAAGCAGAACUCCAAACAUGAAAAUGAAGAUCACUAUUGCUCAUCUGGUCCCGCUUCUCUGGGUACUUCUUGUCUGUUUGGAUGUGACCGGGGCUCAACUGAAUGGAGACAUCGACGCCGACGAACUCAAAGCCGAGAUCGCCGAUCUUGAGGCUUUGAAGGAAAAACAGAGACGCGAAGUGGUGAAGGAUGUCCGAGUUGCUUGCAACUCCGAGGACAUCACCUUAACCAUCAAGAGCUACAUGGAAUCUUUUAAUGGAUUGAUCUAUCCCAAGGGAUUGUCCAAGAACUCGUCGUGUAUGAGUGAAUACAUCCGACAUGAGAGCGACAUCAUCUACGUAAUCCCGCUUCACUCUUGUAACACAAUGAGCACCGAUGUGGUGGAUGGAAUUGAGUAUUUUAAUACCGUCGUGGUGCAGCCUCAUCUAAAAUUGGUCACAAACAAAGGUCGCGGAUUUCACAUCCGAUGUCGCUACAAAACCCAGCAACAAAUCCUCAACGCCGACUUUGACGUCAAAUUUGAGUGGUCAGACAGUAUUAUCAAAGAUCGUCUGGGAGAUGGCGCUCAGGACUCGGUUCUGAGCGCUUUGGGAACAACGCCGUUGACGGCCACUGCGGCAAUGCCUUCAACAUCCAUGAGGAUCUACCACGGCGAGCCCAUUGACGGGCGCGUGGCCGAGGAUGUCAAGAUUGGCGAUCCUCUUACUCUGGUUGUCAGCAUCGAUGAUCAGGACAUUUAUGGAAUGCAAAUUACCGAAUGCUCCGUCAAGGACGGACUCGGGUGGUCAGAGCAAAAACUCAUCAACUCGGAAGGAUGUCCCGUGGAGGACGAAAUCAUGGGCGAGUUUGAGUAUAGUAGUAGCAAAACCACUGCCUUGGUUCACUUCCAAGCCCACAAGUUCCCCUACACCUCAUCUGUAUAUUACCAGUGUAAUGUGCGACUGUGCAUUAAACAUGCUGGUGGCUGUGAUGAUACGCCCCCUAUCUGUGAUGCAAAUGGUGAGAACACACUCAAACGUCGUCGCAAACGUCAAACCAUCGAGUUCGAUGAGACCAAGGGCGUGCUCUACGAUCCCGAUCGAGAGGAUCUCAAGGUCAAAGUCUUCUCCGGCCUCUACGUCAACGAGGCCUCCGAGUUUGAUGAGGAGGAUUUCUUGGACGAUAACAUCGCCGAUGAAAUCGCUGCUCGUGCUCAUGACCCCUCGAGGAUCUGUUUUCCUCAGCGAGAUUUCGCAAUUGCCAUCGCCAUUGCAGGAUUGGUCUUGAUCCUGAUCGUGAUCAUCGCUAUCCUAUGUCUGCUCUCCAAACGGCGAAGGAAGAAGGAGCUCUCGACCACGGGAUCAUCCAUCUACAGUGGACCUUACACCAACACUGCCUAUUCUCACAGUAGCUAAUAAUUCCAUUGGGAAAUCGUAACGCUCUUUCCCCCUUCCCCCCCAAAAUAGAUCUUUCACAUGAACUCUUUCUCGAAUGUUGGGAAUUGCGCUCACUGCCGCCCCCCAAAUCAGGAAAAACAACCCUCCUAAUUCUUUAGAUAGCUAACCAAAUGUGUGUAAAUGAAGACGGAUGCAGAAGAACUUGCGAAUGAUCUGAUUAGGGCGAAUGAACAAAUCCAGAGUGACAACCAAAAAGGAUCUCCAUUGACUGAUCCUUUCGUACGUGCCAUAAGUGCCUCCAUUACUGCUGCCACCGCUCCUGUUGUGGCAAAAAAAACGCCAGAUUUUCGCGUUGAAGCCAGCAUAAAAAUGUGAUGGAUGGAAGGAAAUCGCCCCCAAAACAAAGAACACAAUUAACAGCAUCCACAACUACAACUACUACUUCUACUCCUUCUCACUUACUCUCUCCCAAUUCUCAACAAAUACAGGAAAACACUACACUCUUUUUGGGCAUUGAAAUGAAGAAAAAAAGAAUUCUCCCCUUAACUUCUCAUAUCCCUCAUGUUUAACUCCGUCCUUUGCUUCCAGAAGAAGACGAAGAAAUUAAUGAAUAAUCCGCAAACAAAGCAAUGUCCGUACCUUAAAACGCCGUGAUUUACUUUUUUGUGUCUUGUCCAAAUGGAAAAUUGGAAGGAGUUCCGCCCCUUGAAAUGGCAGCUGAAAAAGCAUUAUCAUCCCGUGUACAUUGUAGUGGGCAACCGUUGCCGUACAAUCCAAUUACUGAUCCUUGUAAUCUUAAUCAACACCGUGAAUUGGUUCCCCAAAUUAUUUCCGUCCCCACCUCAUUUAUUAACGUCUUCCCUCCCUCGUCGUUGUUUACGUUCAACCAUGUAGAAAUUGUAUCCGAAACAAAGAAAAUUAAAAAAAGAAACGUCUUGUUAA